AUGGGUAUCAAAAAGUUUUUCAAGAUUAAGCCUCCUCCAGAGGCUACUGUUGAGGAGAACAGGGACUAUUUGAAUGAGUUAGGUAUUGCAACAAAGCAGGAUUCUACCAAAAGGAGAGAGAAAUUUGCAGCGUACGGGAAGUUUGCUAAUGAUAGAGUUAGAACCAAUGUGUAUGCACCUGAAGGAUAUGCUCAAUAUGCAAAUCCAGAUACUGAACCUAGCGAUAAGGCUGACAUGGACGACUUGAAUAAGAGCCCUUAUGAUCAAGUUUCGAUGGUUAAUAAUAGGAAUACUAGUGCUGGUGUGAGUAACAGCAGUCCUUACGGUAAUAAUUAUGGUGCUGGGAACUAUGUAGACCCUUAUUCUAACAGUGGUCCCUCGCCGUACGGUACAAACCAAUACAGCCAGUCAUCUACGAACACACCUGCAUCUGAUCCAUAUGGGUCAGCUAACACGAACACAAACACAAGAUACAAUGACAGCUCUCGUCAAGGCUAUGGGAACAGCUACGGAAACGUCUAUGAAAAUACCAGUCCUCCUGCUAACGCAUAUUCCACGUCAGCGUUGCCCAAUAGCAACAGCUACAAAUCAUCUGGUCGGGCACCCUCUGGUAACCCCUAUGCAUCAGUGAACGCUACGGAUCCGUAUAUAUCGAAUUCGAGAUCAACAAGUGCAAAUGCAUAUGGAAGUACAAGCAGUACACCUGUCCCUCCACGCAGCAGUAGUAACAAGGGGAGAGGCUCUGCGGCUCAGAAAGAGUUUGACUUCGAAAGAAACAAAGAGGAUGAUGACUUAGAUCUUAACGAUACAAUCAGCCAGGACAAGUUUGGGAGUGGGCGUGGAGAAGAUUUUGAUGACCUGAACCACUCGAUACAUGAAAACCAGCGUAUUGGCGCUGGUGUCAGCGGUGCAGGUGGAGAACCAAAGGGCUAUCAGACUUUCGAAGACCUACAGAAGCAGCAGCAGCAACAAGAGCAGGCAGAAGAAGAUGAGGAGGUGGAUUCCAUCAAGCAACAGAUCAAAUUCACAAAGCAGAGUUCUGUGGCAAGUACAAGAAACACGCUCAAGAUGGCCCAAGAUGCUGAGCUGGCUGGUAUGAAUACGUUGGGUAUGCUUGGGCACCAAUCUGAAAAGUUGAACAGCGUUGAGCGGAACCUGAACUUGAUGCAGAUACAGAACCGUGUCGCUGAUGAUAAGGUUGCCGAGUUGAAAAAAUUAAACCGUAAUAUUCUAGCCGUUCAUGUGUCAAAUCCUUUUAACAGCAAAAGACGUGCUCGUGAAACCGAGGAAAAGAUCAAAACGCAAAGAAGACUUGACAAACAAGCCCAACAGGAUUUGAGUUCUCAGUUAAGUCAAAGUACAAGACGUAUAGAAGGAGUGCUAUCUACAGACAACGGUGCGUCCGAAGUUCGAGACAGGUACCAGCGCCAACAAGUGUUGGAGAAAUCGAAGCGGUACCAGUUCGAGAAUGACGAAGAAGACGACGAAAUGGAGUUGGAAAUUGACAGGAACUUGGAUAAGAUUGGACAAAUCAGCGGUAGGUUGAAGAAAUUGGCUAUUGCUACUGGUAAAGAAAUUGAUUCUCAACAAGAACGUAUUCAAAACAUUGAGGAGAAUGCCGACGAUUUGGAUAUUAAGAUCCACGUGAACACCACGAAAUUAUCUAAUAUCAGGUAA